CCACCAAAAAAAAAAAACCUCCCGCGAAACCACAGCUCAGUUCGGCGAGCGCUCUCAGCCAUCAGACAGACAUGGGCGCCGGCGCAGGCGACGGCACGCUCCCCAAGGUCGGCGAGGUGGCGAUGUCGUGCGACGAUGGUCCGGGCCAGGUCCCGUUCUCCAAGCGCCCGCACGUCCCCGACCCCGGCCCACCGCAGCAGGUGUCCGACCCGGCGAACUACGCCGUCGCUGGCAAGAUCCUGCUCGCCGUGGCGGGGGCGUUCGCGGGCGUGCUCCUGGCGCUCGUCGCGCUGCACCUCUACAGCAGCACCCGGCGCCGGCGCCUCGGCCUAGGCGGCGGCGGCGGCCAGCGGCGGCUGCUCCGGAGCCUGGCCAUCGCCGGUGGCGGUGACGAGGACCGCCGCGACGGGGCGCUUCCUUCCCCCCGCGGCGGCCUCGACCCCGCGGUGCUCGCGGCGAUACCGGUGGUAGUGGUCGACGACGCGGGCGCCCGGGGGGACUGCGCGGUCUGCCUCGCGGAGCUCGAGCCCGGGGAGAAGGCCCGCGCGCUGCCGCGGUGCGGCCACCGCUUCCACGUCGAGUGCAUCGACGCCUGGUUCCGCGGGAACGCCACGUGCCCGCUCUGCCGCGCCGACGUCGUCGUCGUGGCGCCGGCGGGCGCUGCCGCGCCGUCCGCGCCACCCGAGGGCGGGGCGCAGCCGGAGGUGCGCAUAGACGUGAUGGCAGGGGACGCCGUCGCCGCGCUGCCGGCCAAUGGCGGCUCCACGGUGGCGCCGGUGAUGGGGAGGCUGCAUAGCGGCAGGGAUCUUGAGAAGGCGAGGCGGGUCUUCGCUUCCACCCGAUUCUCUUCCUUCUGACGGGCCCCCAUCGGAGGACCUAGCUAGGAAGCUUCCUCCGAUUUCCGCACAUGGACCUCUGAUUGUUUCGGAGCGUUCUGCCGUUCCACAUUUCCACUGUACAUAGAUUUGUUGGUGAUGCCAGCUAUUUUUGCCAUGAUUUGUACGUAGUACGAUUUUUGCGGAUGGACUCGUUCGUGGACAUAUCUUUCUCGAUCAUGACUCUUGAGUGAGCCGUGAGGACUACUACUGAGAACGACGAUCCAUCCGUAUGUAUCAACCAAAAAUUAUCUGCGAUUUUUAUAGAAAUUGACACUAA